UUAUUUUGUCAGUUUUUUAGGAAAUAGUUCGUUUUGGGAGAAUUUGUCAUUUUAUUUUGAAAUCCUACCUUCUUCCGGAAGUGACGUUGAGUCCUCACUCGUUGCUGAGACAUGCGUGAGGAAGUAAGUGUUUCUCUCUGCUCUAGUGUUUUUAAAGUGUUUGGCUGUGAAACGAGAUUAUAAUGUGCUCUUUUGUUGCUGAUAUGGUUAUGUACACUUGUUGUACUCAUAGUUUGAGUGUUUUAGCAAACUUUUUGCUGGUGUACUGUUCGGUGGCGUUUCUCGCUCACACACACACAGUGGCUGCGGCAUUUCAUUGAAGUUUUCCCUCCAUUUUAGACUGGUUUGCUGCUGAGUCCUGUGUUAACGCUGCCGCACUGUUUCCUGUAUAUUUCAUACAGGGGAGCAGUGAGCAGCAGCGAUGGCCACGCCCGGAAAUCAUUUGCUGAUUCAACCCCCAAUUCCAACCCUUGAUGCUGAGUGCCAAGCAGGGAGUUCUGGGGGCAAAAGAAGCUGAGAUUUGUUUUGCUGUCGCCGCCUUCGUCGAUCACAGGCGGCCCGCCAGCGUCGACGAAAAAGCCGUGGCUCCACUUUCACCAAGACUUCCACGCCUGGCCGACUCCGACGGCGGCUGGGACUGCCUACGGGCGGGCGACGCCUGCUCCGGCGAUGACACCUGCAGCCCGCGACUGCGCACCCUGCGGCAGUGUGUGGCGGGCGACGGCAGCGUCAAGUUGGGGCCCGGAGCUCGCAACCAGUGUGAGAACGCCAUGACGGCGCUGCUAUCCACACCGCUGCACGGCUGCCAGUGCAAGCGAGGUAUGAAGAAGGAGAAAAACUGCCUGAGCAUCUACUGGAGUCUGCAUCAGUCGGUCCUGCACGGUCUCCACCUGGUAGAGGACUUCCCGUACGAGCCUGAGGAGAGAGGGUCCGGCUACGUCCGCCUGGCCUCCAUCGCUGCAGAGUCAGAAGUGACCGCCGUCAACCGCUGCCUGGACGCCGCGAAGGCGUGCAACAUAGACGAGACAUGUCAGAAGCUGCGCACGGAGUACGUGUCGUCCUGCAUCCAGCCCUCCGCCCGCUCCGGGCCCUGCAACCGGCCCAAGUGCAGCAAGGCGCUCAGGAAGUUCUUCGACCGCGUGCCGGCAGACUACACCCACGAGUUGCUCUUCUGCCCGUGCACCGACACGGCGUGUGCCGAGCGCCGCCGCCAGACCAUCGUGCCGACGUGCUCCUACGAGGACAAGGACAAGCCCAGCUGCCUGGCCCAGCUGAGGGUCUGCAAGGCCGACUACGUGUGCAGGUCUCGCUGGGCCCAGUUCCAGUACGACUGCCAGCCCUGGGAACAGAGCGCCAGCGGCUGCAAGCAGGAGGACCACGGCGCGUGUCUGCUGGCCUACACCGGCCUGAUCGGAAGCACAGUCACGCCCAACUACCUUGACAAUUCCACCUCCAACGUGGGACCAUGGUGCUCCUGCAGUGCCGCCGGCCACCAGCGGGAGCAGUGUGGGGACUUCCUGGCGUUGUUCCACGACAACGUCUGCCUGAAGAACGCCAUCUUGGCUUUUGGCAACAGCUCGGAUGUCAAAACAGGCGGUGGUCAGCCCGGGAUUCCCAGCCCGACCGUGCACUCUCCCUGGGCCACCGCCAGCGCCGCCCCGGGCGUUUCCAUGGAAACAGAGCAGAACAUCCUGAGAGAACAGAUACCGACUCGAGUCAAGGACAACAGCUUGUGGGGUGACGAUGGAGACUCCACCCUCCCCUCCCCCAAACUCUCGGAUCGCUCAUGCGGGCGCCCCUGCUCAUCUUCACCUCACCUGCUGAUGAUGAUGAUGAUGAUGAUGCUGAUGAUGAUGAUGACGACGCUCCUCUACGGCCACUAGGGGGGGCGGGGGGGUCGCUCAUGCCAGCCGUCA